UGGUCUCGUCAUCGCCACUCGGCAACACGCCCGACGCAUCUCGCGCUGAUUUGAGGAACCUCGCGAAUGCCGAGUCGCAUCGGAAAAGCUGCCACACAGUUUCUACACGAACAGAAAGCACGACCGAUUGUGCGAACGAUUGGCUGAUGUUAGACGAGUUGGACUUGAAAUCUUGUACUCGAUACACAGCCUCCGAGAUCCGGAGAUAUCCGGAAGCCCGCGGCCGCUUCUGAGAACUUGCCGGAGCAAUCUGGUGGAUAUCUGGAAAAUUGCGCGUCGAAUCGCGGAAGGCGGAACAGCUGUUUGUAGAUCAGUAGCAUUUCCGACAAAAAAUUCAAAAGAUUGAAGAAACCGACGAUAUCUCGCGCGAGUGCUACGGCGAUCUUCCGCGGAACGCAAUCGAGUGAAUUGGACGGCCAGUUCAACGGAAUUAAUAAUAGUCGGUAUUAAUUGUGGACAAGCGCGCGGUUGCAUCUGCAAGACUGAGGACAAAAGGCAGGGAGAAAGAACGAACGAUCUGAUGUAUCUAAAACUCGUGAGACACGCAUGUACAGCGACAUUGAUUUACAAAUCAGUCAAUUAAUUGGAAGUCGCCCUCGACAGGCUGGUAUCUUUUAAGUAGCUGGGGAUUCCAAGUCAUUCGGCGCUUUCGUAUCUUCCAAAGCGGAGGCGUGUAGUCGAUGAAUGCUGAUGAGAUUUAAGGUAUCUCGUGAUACGAUAUCGAGCUCAUUAUCGAACGUGUAAAUACCGUCAGCUAUUGUAAGGAUAUAUAAAGGAUUGCCGCGAAGGAAGGUGGGAGAAGAAACCUUCGAGCGAUCGGGGGAGAUCAAUCGCUUAAAUAAGAUAUAAGACCGGUUAAUCAUAAAAGAUCAAAUACUGAUACUCCUUUCUGACAUCGCAAAUCACGCUGUGCGCGCGACACGAAUUUAUCAAAGAGGCUAAAUAAGUUGUCGAGAAACAAGCGUUGAGCAAAGAAAAGAGGCAUCAUGACGGGCCCGGCGAAUGUUAACAACGUGAACGUGAACGGACAAACGGACGUUAAUAACGUGAAUGGAGAUACGAACAUUAAUAACGCGAACGGACAAAAUGUUAAUAACGGGCAAACUGACAUUAAUAAUGCCGGAAGCAUAUCGACGUGUGUGGAGAUCAAGAUGGAACCCAGUGCUGCCGAACAGAAGAAAUGGGCGCGAAACGGAACUAUUUAUCAAGUAUUGAUGAGCUUGUGCGCCAAUGUUGUGGUGCUGGGUCCAGCGAUGGGUUUCGGUUACAGCGCCGUGGCGGGGCCUGCGAUGGAGAAGCCGAAAGUCGACGAUGUCUCACUCACUAAUGUUGAAGUUAACUGGAUGGCUACCGUAUCAGCACUGGGUACGCCCGUCGGUUGCAUAGUGUCGAGUCUCGUGAUGAGUCGAGGAAGAAGGAUCAGCAUGUUCGUGACGUCGUUUAUCUCGAUGGCGGGCUGGGUGACUAUUUACAUGUCAACUACUUACACGCAGAUCCUGAUUGGGAGGGUGAUCUCCGGGAUAGCUACCGGCAUGGCGUCGGUUCCGACGACGGUAUACGUAGCGGAAGUUGCGGGCUCGAAAUGGCGAGGCACGAUGGUCACCUGGACCAGCAUCUCUAUCGCUCUCGGUGUCCUGAUCGUUUACAUCUUUGGAUACAUUUGCAAGGACGACUGGCGGCAGGUGGCCUUGAUGUGCGCAAUGUUCCCGCUGGUGUCGAUCGCCCUCACCUUGUUCGUGGUGCCGGAGACGCCGUUGUGGAUGCGGGACCACAAUCGUCCCGAGGAGGCGCUGGAGAUCAUGAAGAAAUUCCGCGGAGUGCCGAAGGACCAACCGGCCACAUCAGAGAUCCUGUUCGAGCUGAAGCCGCGACCUCAGAAGAAGAACCAGAACCUGCUGAAACACCUGACGAAGCGCAGCGCCUUGGUGCCGUUCGCCGUGAUGCUCAGCUUCUUCUUCUUCCAGCAGUUCUCCGGGAUCUUCGUGAUCAUAUACUAUGCCGUCGAGAUCAUGGACAAGUCGGGUGCCAGCCUAGACCGUCAUCUCUGCGCCGUCCUGAUUGGCGUCGCCCGUUUCAUUGCGAGUCUUUUGACAGCCGGCGUGUCUCGGAAGUUCGGACGACGGAUACCAUCAAUGGUCUCCGGUGUCGGGAUGACGAUCUUCAUGGGCGGCAUGUCGUUGUACCUCUACCUGGCCGACAAGGGCACUGUCAUGGCGGACAACGGGGUGGUACCGAUAGUGUGCAUGAUGAUGUACAUUUUCAUGAGCACCAUAGGUUUCCUGGUGAUCCCGUUCGCCAUGGUAGGCGAGGUGUUCCCGUCCAAAGUGAAGGACAUCCUGUCCGGCCUGACGGCCGCUUUGGGUUACUUAUUCAGUGCAGUAACCAUCAAGUUGUAUCCUGAUAUGUCGCUUCUGAUGGGUAUGCACGGCAUGUUCCUCUUCUUCGCGAUCAUGUCCAUCGUGGGCGUGGUAUUUGUUCUGCUGUUCCUGCCCGAGACAAAGGGGAAGACCCUACGCGAGAUCGAAGAUAUGUUCCGGAAGAAGAGCAACACCAUCGAGAUGCAGUCGACGGAAAGAGCGAUCGGAGAGAGAGUCGCUCCGACCACAGUUACCACAGUUGGCGUUACAGGAAAUUGAGCAUGCAUUUAUCGCUUUAUAUUAGGACUAAUCCAGCGUUCGAAGGGCAACGAGAUCGCGAAAGAUUGAAUAGUUGUCGGAGGAGCCAAAACGGAUGCGAUAUUCAUUUGGCAAUGUUUCAAAGUUCGAAGAUUCGCGAGAAGGUAUUGGAGACGCGUACCGUCGAAGUAACGAUACUUGGAUAUUUAUUCUAAAGACGUUGUACCAGAUCUUUUUACUCGUGUCGAUAUAAGUAUUAGGAAAAUAUAGAAAAUACAGAAAAGUUUGUUUUUCCGAAGAAGAGUAGGACGUGUUGCGAACGAACAACUUGUGGAACAAAUUUCCACUAUUGGAGCGAUGCUGUAAAUAGUGCCAUAUGUUGAUACUUAAUUUUAUACGUAAAAUGCGCGCGUUCGCGAACUGCGUGUCAGAAUUCGGUUGAAUCAAUACUAGUCCGGGACUGACAGAAGAGAGAGCGAAAGAGAGAGGAAGAAACAUAUCUACGUAAUCUCGAGGACGAUAUUUUGAUAAGAUGCGAUACAUAUCGCAUUAUUUUAUUGAAAAUUGAUAUUGCACAUCCGUCAUUCAAUAAUCUGAAAGUAACUUUCCGAAAUUAAAGUCCAAAGUUUUCGAAGUCAUCGGAUUGUAAUCUUCCUGUCAUAAAAACGGGCAAAUUAAUAUGUCACUAUGAAUUAAUACGAUUAAUACGUCACGGUAUCUGUCACAGUACUGGAGAUACAAAAAAACGAUACUGCGUGAAGUAUCGAUAAAACUGCGCAUAAUUAAUUAAAUCAUAAGACUUAUCACAUUGACAAGGUACGAUACUGCUCAACAAUUAAGAACACUGCGGAUAGAUAAUUGAGGGAAUGGAAACAUGGUGUGCUCGUAUCUAAAUGUUAAAUGCGCAAAUAACCCAUUACUAGAUUAUUUUUUGCGAGCUGUCGUUUCUUGCAGAUUGAUGUUAGCAAAAAGCAAUUUGCUUUCCGAUAAGGCCGACAGAUUGGUGCACUGAUAAAGUCGAGUGUCGGCGAGUUAAAUGCGAUUUGCUUUGCGAUAAAGCCAACAGGUUGGUGCGUUGAUAACGAUCGAGUGUUGGCCGAUAAUGAAUAAGAGAAAAAGAAAAAGGAAGAAAGAGAGGGGAAUCUGUAUUCGCGUGUCACAGAUAUACGCUGUUACUUGCUUAAAAUCGAAGAAUAUGCGAUACUGAUCGGAAUUUGGUUCGAGAUAACAGGUAUCGCUCUGUAACGAUCAUUGUCAUUCACAAUGAGCUUCUUUCUUUUGUACAAAAUAUCUUUCGUGUAAAACCUGACGAUAUCGGCAUGUACUUUCGAGUGAUCGAUUACGGAAGCGAUUACCUUGAGAUUUGCCAUCUCUGUAAAGUUUCGAUCAAUGAAUCAAUGAAACAAUUGAUUCUUACGACACAUUUAAAAUGUAUUCCGCGUGGCGAUGUAAAUCAUAUGCAUACACAUGUAUACGUGUGUGUCUCAUAUUUUAUUAUUAAAAUCUUAAAUAAUAAAUUAACAAAUGGCGUAACAAUCACGAUAAUUAAAUAACAAACACAAAAUAAUGUACAAUUUGCGAGAUGUGAAAGCGUGGGGUAUAGGUGGGUUUCGGUGGCGAGACGAGGCGAGAAAGGAUAGAACGACGAUUAUCAUGAUUACUGACAAUAAUGAUGAUAAAAUAGUAGUAAGCGGAAAUAGUAAUAAUAAUAAUAUAAAAUUAAUUGUAAUAUAUAAGAAUAAUAACGUGAUGCUAAUAGAAACGCUCGAUACUAAAAAUAAAUUAUUAUCUGCGAGGUGGUA